UGUCGAGCUUCUUCCACAACGCCGCCGACAAACUCCGCGGCAAAGUAUUGAGCCCUAAUAAAGACCAUAGCAUGUCUGCAUGUACCAGGCCUGCCACGAAACGUGGCCUAUGCUGGCCUGUCGAAAACAAGGAUCCAAUCUUCACAUUCACCAAACCCGGGUCCAAAAUAUCGUGGAUAUAUAAUUGGUCUCCUAAUGUCCUUACUCCAUCGUCUCUCCAGUUCAUUCCCAUGCAAUGGAACAACGCAAACAUAGAAGAGCUUUCCAAGAAAGUUCAAGAAGCACAAGCUCCGGCGCUUCUCGCCUUCAACGAACCUGAGCUGCCCGAUCAAAGUAACAUGUCUGCAGAGCUCGCGGCAAACGAGUGGCUCCGAUGUAUCGAACCCAUCAGAAAAGCAGGAGUCAGAUGCGGCUCACCAGGAAUUUCUAAUGCCGGGCAUGCUGUCGGAUAUCUGCAAGACUUCUUGGCCAGAAUUCGGGCCGGUGGCAGCGACAUCGACUUCUAUUGUAUACACUGGUACGGAGAGACGCUAGGCCAGUUUUACGAUUACAUAUGGUCCACAUAUCAUCAGCUAGGGCCGAACAAGCCUGUAUGGAUCACAGAGUAUGCGGCUACGAACUGGAACCAGGAUGCACCUCUGCCACGAGAUCAUGUCGAGAGCUUUGCGAAGGAGAGUGCCAAGUAUUUGGACACAUUGGAGUGGGUGGAGAGAUACUGCUGGUUUGGCCCGAUGAGGGACACUGGGACUGUGGGCAAACACGCCGCCAUGUUCGACGCCGAAGGCAAAUUAACGAGUCUGGGUAAAGCCUAUCGGGAUGAGUGAUGGAACUUGUGGCUUCUGUAUAUAGAGGUACAAGCGUUGUAGAGCUCAUGAGUAGGAGGUACAGGUAUCAGGGAGAUGUCAACGAACACUUCGCUUGGAGGUACCUGCAGAGUAAACGACGUGCUUCUCACGUUUCACGGUCGUGCAGUGCAGCCACACUAGUU